GAUUAGUUAGGAUUCGAAAGCUUUGUUACAAAUUAUUUGAAUGUUUAAUUUGACGAAUAAAAGUAAAUGUUCUUCAUGAUUUCAGAUCAUGGUUAGAACACGAGGUCUACGUCGUGUGGUAGGCACAGGUAGAGGUAGAGACCUUAGUCAGGAUGUGGUUGAGGAUGUUCCUCGGCGUCGUAGGCCCACUGCCUCAGCACGUAGGCAACGGGUUACCCAGAAAGUCGAGGAUGUUCCUCAGUUGUCUGAGGAUGUUCCUCAGUUGGCUGAGGAUGUGCCUCAUGCGUCUGAUGGUAGCCCAGAGAGGACAGCAGCUGCCGAUGAUGCUGAGAUAGAUCGAUUGGAUAGUGAUGGGACAACUGAUGAUGAUGAGGGGUUCCCCGGUGGGCCACGCGAUCCAUCUAUUUUGAUAGGAUUUGGUGAUCAUGUGGCACACAACAUAUGGAGUGGACAGGAGCAAGCCGAUCUCAAGUUGGUCUCCCAUGGUAGGAAAGUAGAUAAAUUUGGGAGACUGGCUGCUGAGAUCGAAGGUAUGAUUGCGGCCACCGGAUUGGAUCCAUUGAUCAGGUGUUCUGUGAUCACCACUGAUCCUGGACUCAUAUCCGCCUUUGUUGAGAGGUGGCAUAGGGAGACGAGCAGCUUCCACCUCCCAGUAGGGGAGGUGACGAUCACUCUAGACGACAUUUCGUCACUGCUGCACAUUCUGAUUACUGGCGCACUGCAUUCAUUCGAGCCGCUGGCUACAUCUGACGCAGUUGCCCUGUUGACGGAGCUACUUGAGGUCACCCUAGACGAGGCUACAGCUGAGACACGUCAGGCAGGUGGGCCACAUUGACUUAGAUAAUGUCUCUAUUUCUUUAUGUAUUUAAAUUAUCUUUUUACUUAAAUUGUUAAUUUUAGUAU